AUGAAAGGGUCCUCAGGUUCCCUCGACACUCUGCUAUGGGUCUAUCACUACCACAGCUCCACGGAGGUGGCCCUCCAGCCCCCACUUAUAUCCUCUCUGGAGUUGGCCCUGUCUGCAGCCCAUGAAUAUUUGGAGAUCGGGCUAGAGAAGCUGAAGGCUCCGGGACCUGGAGACCAGAACAGGGAGGCAGGGGAGCUGCCAGAGCGGGAAGGAGUGAAGCCAAAGGCACAUAGCUUCCCAACCGCUCCAGAAGCCUCCCUGGGGCUGGUCCUGAGAGAGGCUGUGGGAAGUGCUUUGAGCUUUGGAACUACUUUGAUGCAGAUCUCAGCCCUAUGGCUACAGCUGGAGAUUCGGCGCCUCUGUGGCAGCAGUGGCCCAGGCCAUGACCAGAGCUUGGGGAACCCUGGGCGCGCGCUGUCCCGCGUGGCGUUGGCUGCAGGGCAGGGCGUGAAGGAGGUGGGAGCCUUGGCCAAAACUAGUGCGCAGCUCCUCCUCAAUGGGGCGUGGUUCUGUUUGCCCGGACGCCACGGGGAUGCCUAAAGCCCUGGAAUGAAGGCUUCGCCACUAUGGCCUUGGCCCUUUGGCCAGGGCGGCGAGAAACGCGAACCCUCCGGAGGGCUCGAGAUGAAAUAGAGGUGGUGAAAGCUAUCUGGACUACUGUAGACACACCACUGACGAAAAUAAAGCAG